AUGAUAAAAGAAAGAUUCGAGUACAACACUGACUUGUACACAAUACUGCUGGAUGUUAGUGAUAGAUAUGAGAUUGAUCGUCCGUUCCCCAUGAAGUCGCCGGUGGAAACUAGGGACAGCUCUCUUUACUGUAAGUUCCACUGUGAUGUAGGACACGAAACAAAAGAUUGCAAGAGUUUGCGGAGGGAUCUUGAUGGGUUAGCCGCAAAGGGAUUCUUGAAGUCAUAUCUCAGUUCAAGUGCAGGAGGAAGUGGUAAGAAAUUCUACAAGAAAAGCAAGUCACCGUCAUACCGCCGUGACGACAAUGAUACUGAUCCAGAAAUUGUGGCCGUCAUUUCUGGGGGUCUGGCCGCUGGUGGCCCUACAAUGAGAGGUCAAAAGGACUAUGCAAGCCGAUUGGGGCAGGUCAUGUUGUCUGGAAAAGCCCCAAUGGACCACUUCCCUAAAGUGGAGAUUUGUGAAUCAGACAGGGGCAAGAUCGCCACUCCACACGACGAUCCCCUGGUUAUUGAAUUGAAGGUAGAAAACCUCAAAGUAAGGCGUAUAUUAGUAGAUACGGGGAGUUCGUCUAACAUUACAGCACAGCUUGUCUAA